AUGUACAAUACAAGUGGAAGCGAUAUUGAUAUAGAAGAAUUUGAAUAUCAUUCAGGUUCACGUAAAAUUGCAAAAACAUAUGUUGAAAAAAAACGACGUGAUCGUAUUAAUAAAAGUUUAGAUGAAUUAAAAGAUUUAUUAGCUAUUCAUUGUGAUAAAGCACGUUAUCAAAAAUUAGAAAAAGCUGAAAUACUUGAAAUGUGUGUUGAUUUUGUCAAACAAACAAAUAUACAUUUAAAUUCAAUAAAACAUAAUUAUGAAUUAGGUUAUCAACAAUGUACAAAUGAUAUUACAACAUUUCUUAAUACAAUACCAGAAGUAUCAUUUAUUCAACGACAACAUCUUUUAAAACAUUUAUCAACAUCAAAUAAUCGUCGUUUUCAUCCUUAUAGACAAACAACAAGUCAUCAUUCAAUUGUUAAUGAAUGGUUUAAUCGUUGUGGUGGUGGAAAACAAAAAUCUCUACCUGAUUCAUCAUCGGAACGUUCAAAUACAUCAAGUCCAUCAUCAUUUGAUGAUAAUAGUGAACGUUCAUCAUCUCUUUGGAGACCAUGGUGA